GGGGGGUUGGACCUUUGUAUUUGAGGUGCGUCUUACAUUCCGGUGCGUGUUUACAACGUUGAAUCUGUAGAAUACGAUGACACACGCACACACAAGUCCCCGGCGCUGUCGUGAGUGUUAGCAGGCUGGCUUAGUAACGCGGCAAGGCAUUCUGUGAGCCAGACGUGUCACGGUUUGUAAAGUCUGCUCAGUCUCUGUGUGUGUGUCGCAAGCAGGAUAUCAGGGGCAAUACAAGUGUGGGCUGGUUGAUAGGUGAAUGAUUGGUGGGCAGGUGGUUGACGUGGUGCUUAAGUGGCGCUGGUCAAGUGCGUCUUGAGUUUCCACCACAGCAGCGCCACGCUUGACGGUGUUUGGGGGGGGGGGGUGUGCCAUGGCACGACCAUCCCAGCAGUCGUCGGUGUUCGACGAUGGACGGGACCGCGACCGCCUGCCGCCGCACUACAAGGAGUCGUACCGCCUGGCCAUCGACGUGCUGGUGGAGCAGGGACGCGACGCCUUCCGCAAAUUCCUGCAGCGCGAAGGCACCGUGCCCUUCCUGUCCGAGCAGGAGGUGGAUCACAUUGAGAGGACGUUCCAGUCGCCCGCUGUCACGACCCGGGGAGACGAUGGCGACGAGGUGGGCCAGGACUUUGGGAGCUCGUCGUCGGGCACGUACUGGCCCGUGUACUCGGACACGUCGGCGCCGGACCUCGAGCUGGGCUGGCCGGCUCCCGGACGCUUCCUCGGACAGACGAACGUCACGCUGCACUUCCACCCGCCGCUGGGGAACGGGGUGCCGACCAUCAAGGAGGUCAUACGCAGGCACAUCAGAGGGGCCUCUAAGGUGGUCGCCGUGGUGAUGGACGUCUUCACGGAUGUGGACAUCUUCCAGGAGCUGCUGGAGGCGGCCAACGUGCGCCGGGUGCCGGUCUACGUGCUGCACGACCGCCUCAACUUCCCCCUCUUCCACGACAUGUGCCUCCACCACGGCCUGCGCGCCGGCGAGCUCGAGAACGUGCGAGUGCGGACCCUGCCGGGAUCGCUCUACUUCUGCAAGUCUGGCGCCAAGUUUCACGGCCAGGUGUUCGAGAAGUUCAUGCUCUUCGACUGCAUCACGGCCCUGUGCGGUUCCUACAGCCUGACGUGGUCGCACGAGAAGAUCCACCGCAGCCUUGUGCACGAGUUCACCGGCGAAAUGGUCGAGACGUUCGACGAGGAGUUCCGGGUUCUGUACGCGCAGUCGUCCUGCCCCUACGACGACUCCUCCGCGGUCGCCAUCCCUGGCCAGGUGCCCCCGCCGACCAGGGGCCUCGAGGGCCUCCGGGGACUCCGCGGGGCGCCCCACCUGGGCCUCGCGCUGCAAAUCGAAAAGCACGACUCGUCCGUCGACUCGUGGGUGUCGUCCACGUCGUCCCGGCGCGCCCUGGACCGGCAGACCCUGAACUUCACCCACCACGACUUCGCGCGACGCCCGAUCGACAACACGUACGCCAGGGUGGAGGCCAAGCAUCUCCACCGGGAGGAUCGCUACACGUUCACGGCGAAGCAGGAGGUGCUGAGCGAGAAGGAGUACCGGGGCGUUGCCAACGUUUCGCAGAGGUUCGUCGCCAACGCCCAGGUGUUUGCGGGCGAGAAGGAGGUGUGGAAGCGGUACAGCUACGCGGGCGAGGCCACGGAGUCACACUCGUUCCUGCAGCGGAUGCAGGACCCGUACUCGUUCGCCUCGGGCCGCGGCGCCCUGGAGCCGCGGCCGAGGAACAUCGGCGGCGUCCUCCCCGGGCAGGAGUUCCGCCGUCUCCAGGCCGGCGCCGGGGCUUACGGAGACCGCUUCGGCGAGGGGCGAGGGGAAGACGUGUUCGGGGAUGACGGGGCUGCGUUCCCAGAUUUCUCCGGGAACGCGAAGCGGAUAACGGCGGCGGCGGAGGAGGAGGAGGCGCGCGACAUUUCCCAGCAGCAGCAGCUGGCGCCGUACAAUCAGCGAAAGAGGAGCGAGUUCCCGGCGCAGCACCUCAUGAACUCGCGGCGGGAGGCGUGGCAGGGACAGCCGGGCAAGGCGGACGGCGGCCGCAGCGGUGCGCAGCAGACGUUCGCCUGCCAGACCUCGCCGACCCAAACCCAAAGCUUCCAGGAGGAGGGGCCGUUCGCGAAGGCGGGCGCGGCGAGCAGGGCGAGGGAGGGAGACGCGGGUGUCGCCGAGAAGUCCGCCAAGCAGGGCCUCCGACGUUGGCGGAUCAAUUCGUUCCUGAGCUCCUGCGAGAAUCCCGCCGAGGCCGAGGCGGGCGGGGCGGAGGACGACCCCAGGCCCGACGGCGAGGCGCGGAGCGGGGAGGGCCGCGGGUCGCCAGCCGCGGACGCGGCGGUCGCCGGCUUUGCGGACGGCCUGACGAGGCACGAAUCGCUGCGCUCCAAGAUCAGUCCCAUGUUGCAGAGGAACUCCAGGCUGCGCUCGUCGCUCAUCUUCAACUCCGCUCGGCAGGACGCGGGAGGUUCGGAGCCAAUCGCGAAGCGGGGCCCCGGCAAUUCCGGGGGGGGGGCGGCGGCGGCAGACGACAAGCCUCCCGCAGGCCCGCGGCGAGCCGACGAGUUGGCGGCCGAGGCGCCGGCUGGCGGUUCUUCCAACGCGGCCGAGUCGAAGGAGAAGGACGCGCAGGCGGCGGUCGCUCUGCCUGCUUCAGACCUCCAAUCGAAGUACGCGCCCAGGGAGCCGUUCGUGAGGUCGAGGUUCCUGUUCAGCAGCCUCACGAACCGCAAGGCGGCGACCGCCACCGCGGAGGAGGAGGUCCGCGCGGCCUCGGACAAGGUGGGCCCCGUCGCCAGGCCGGACUCGCACAUCAAGGAGCUCUUCCCGAAGCCGCAGCCCUUGGCCGAGGGUCACGCGGCACCCGCAGGGAGCGCCGUUUCCAAGGCAAACCCCUCUCCGGGAAGCGAACAGACGAAGUUCACCCAGAUCCAGCAACGUAAUGAAACGAUUCCGGCUCGGUCAAAGUCGUCGUCGUCGUCGUCGGCGGCCGACACGGGGGCCCAGGUGACGAGGGGGGCGACGGACAGCGCUGCGCAAGAAGUGAAGCCGGACCCGGCGAGCGGCGCGGUGAGCCGAGCGUCCGCGGAGAGAGCGUCACGGCUCCAGGAGCUUCUCGACAAAGCCAACAACAAGAAGGAGAAUCCCCCCGAGAAGACGUCUACUGUAAACGCGACCUUGGAGAGAGCUUCCCCUCGAGAGCCGUGCAGGCCGAGCGCUCCGCCGGCUGCCAGCCCCACCUCGGCAAAGGCGCCUCCGGCGCAGGAAGCGGCAUCCGGCGGCGUCUCCCGAGCCCCGGCAACGAUCGGCACGUCGGAGCUGAGCCCUUCCCCGGCCUGGCGCAGCAGCAGCACCUCCACGCCCGUCCUGUACGGCAGCAAUCUGAAGGACGACACCAAGGUCAUGUUGGAGCAAAUCUCGCUGAGCAGCCACAAGUACAAGGACGACAAUCACAAGGCCAUGCAGGAGAAUGCGCAGGGGGACGAUUCGGCGAGGUUACCGCGGGAUGCCGCGGGUGGCGGAGGAUCGAGCGUUGCCAGCCCAAAGGAAGCCGCUCCGAGCCAGGCCUCGCCCACGACCACCGCUCUCGCAGCCGACGAGGACAGGUCGGACGAGCUCAUCCGGAACCUGGAGAGCAAGCGCAAGGAGAACCGCGCUUACAGCCGCUUCGAGGUGUUCUACAAGUCAGAAGGAACGGAGGCCAAGCCAAAGGGCAUCUCCCCCGUCGUCUCCCCCGUCGUCUCCCCCGUCAAUGUCCCCGAUCAGUCGCGAUACGUGCCCGAUAGGUACCGGGCGAUGGAGCAGCCCUUGAGCAACAGCCUCCUGCAGAAAAUCAAGGUUACGUUUAAAGGAAAAAAUUAAUAACACUCCCCGGCCUUGCCGUACAGAAUUGUCGUCGUUGCUUGAAACUGCAGUUGUGAAAUUAUGGUUGUCGCUCUUCGUCGGCAUGAGCCUACAUGAAGAAGAAUAAUGUGGGGGUGGGGGGGGCUUCGUCGCAAGAGAGGCGCUUGACAAACGGCAGGUGGCGCUGAAGCGCAGCUCGUACGAUGGCUUAGCCACGUGGCGAUUUUUAUUACGCCCAAAAGCGCAGCCGCUGUCUGCGCCGCCAAGGAGUCGAACGCCUCCCACGUACAGCGAGCAAGGGUCCUGGUAGUGAGCGGGGGCCACCUGAAUCGUGGGUGGGGGUCGCCUGAAUAGUGGGUGGGGGUCGCCUGAAUAGUGGGUGGGGGCCGCCUGAAUAGUGGGUGGGGGCCGCCUGAAUAGUGGGUGGGGGUUGCGAAGGAAGUCGGUGGGGCCAAUCGCCGUGGCCAGAGCGAGCGGAGUUGUGGGCGUGGCUUUGUAGAAGUGGGCAGGGCUCACCACCAUGUAUCCCGGUUAAGCCUCCCAGAAAAGUGUGUUCCUUCCCAGCUUUAAAGCCGAUAGAUGGGUUACUUGAGUAAUAAUAAUAAUAAAAACAUUUCGGUGCUGUUGUACAGUACAAUAUAUACAUGUAUACUCACAAGUAUUGUUUAUUCUCUGUGUGUGUAUAUAUAUUGAACUUGCACUUGGGAUUUGAUCAUACUGAGAAAUCCGUGAAAUCCCUGGGUAACAGGGUGGCACCGUGGUUAACACCUGUGCCUCGCAGCAAGAAGGGCCUGAGCUCGAGUCUCCACUCCGGGAGGGAACCUUUCAGCGUGGAGCUUGUGGUUCACCUCGUGUUCUGCACGGGUUCCCUCUUGGCUCUCCACUUUCUAUCUAAAAACAUACAAUGUAACCGGUAUUGGCUAAAACACAUCGCAGUGCAGAGAAGUUACCUGCAGGUUACUCAGUUGGGAUUGCACGCAGCAGCAGCAGCAGCAACGUUGCCUCCUCCUGCGAAAAAUCUGGCAGGACUCUCCUGAAAGAUUCUUGGGACUCAGUGAAGCAUUCCUGGCUGAAUACACGGAAUAAUCAUAAAAAGAUUACAUGUCAAAAUGGGCCAUACGGUGGCUAGAUGUUAACUACCUCGCCUGGUAUCGAAGGAGGUCGUGGGUUCGAUCCACAACCUGACGCCUGUUUAUUUGGAGGCUGCAGUACAUUGAAAAAGAGCUACAAAGCUCAGUUGGCCUUCCAUGGUAACAUUUUUUAAAAAAUAUUAAAAAUUUAUAACAUGGCCAUGUGCCACGGGGCUGCCGCUGCCUGAGCACGAGUUUCGAGUUUUUAACCAGGUGAGGAUUCAUCGAGGGGCAAGGAUGAGUUAUUUUGCGACGGUGACCUGGGUACAGGUACGUGCACUGUCGGCCUUGACAUGCCAACAGGGCCCGGAGUUCGUGGUGACUGUGUGUGCGCAUAUGCACACGGAUCUUGUAAUUCUAGUUUAGAGGUUGGGUUUUUUCUAUGUUGUGUGUGUAGCGUUUUAUACAACCCAUUAAGAGCUGUGAGGCAUUGCCAUUGUGCCUCUUGUCAACAAGUGGAACCUCAAUUCCUCGUGGUCACGGGCAGCUAGCGGCGUAGCUAUUGAGUGGGGCGCCUCAGUGGUGAGAUGUUAACUGCCUCGCCUGGUGUACAGGAGGUCGUGGGUUCGAUCACGACCCUGACGCGUGCUGUUGAUUUCGAGUUGGCAUGUUCUCCCCGUGGUCGCGUGGAUUUUUUUCUCCGGGUCCUCCGGUUUUUCCCUCUCCACAUUUAGAAUCGACAUCACGCGUUUAGAUUAUUUGGCUGCUGUGAAUUUCUUCGAGAUAAGCCACUUUAGUUGACCUUUCAUUCAGUGGCCAAAUCGUUCCUGAAAAAGAGCUACCAUAGCUCGGUGUGCCUUAGCUGGUAAAGUAAAAAAAAAAUAGUUUAUCAAGUGCACAGGGGGCCCACGUGGGCCGAAGGGGCCCAGGUGCCUGGGCUACUGAAGUUGGGGUGGUGGAGGAUUGGACGGAGGUGGCCCAUUCCGUUCCUUGCUCCCAGUGGCCGUGCCUACCAACGCUACGAUACUUCGCCGAGUUUGCCUUUGUGUCGUCGUGGCAAUAAACUGCGUUUUGUGUUGAAUGACCA